AUGAUAUCUUAAUUUUAACAACAAUUAAAAUUACAUAUUGUACUAGUACAAAAACAACUUUAGAGAUUGCUACAAUUUUAUUUUGACUAUAAUUAUUUAGAUCCAAAUGUAAAACUUUAAUCAGAAAGCUAUGUAUAAGAAUACAAUUAUAUAAAUAUACUAGAUUAGUCUUAUAAUAAUAAUGCCUCUUAAAAAAGAGUUGCAUCAUAUACCCAGACUAUUACAAGACCAUAUACUAUUAAACUUAAUGAAGGUACAUAAAUUAAAAAUUAAACUAUUUAUCAUUUAUUAAAUUAAAACCUAAUAAAUGAUAAAAUUAAAAGAUUAAGUCUUCUUAUCCAAACAUUACUGAAUGAAAUUAUCAUUAGUUCAUUUAAACUUUUUGCAGAUUAACUGAAAAAUUAUAAAUCAUUAUUAGUAUUAAACAAAUUAUACUAAUAAAUACAGAAGAGCCAAAGUGUUAAACUCAAAAAUAAAUGGAUUUCUAUUAUUGAUUUAACUCAAUAAAGAAAAUAAGAUGUAAUAAUUUAGUAAAGUAGUUGA